CUCCUCGGACUUAAUUGCGUUAGGGUCGGAUGCCAUACGUCAUAAGUAUUUGAUCAUGCGUUUGGUCCUACAUAGUGCUGCUGCAAGGGGCCUUUCCGACCGCAUUCGCAGGGCAUUUUCUGCCGCAGCACCUGUCCUAUAUUCUGCUUGUGCGCCAGCGCAGUUGUCACUGCCGGAGUGGUGGAGAGACGUCCCUGAACCCAGGCCUGGCCCUCCAGUUCUCCAACGGUGCAUCUCUUGCUCUCGCCGUUCCUUGCACACUGGUCUCGUCCAGAUGCCUCCUCCGUCGCUUCCUCCAAGGGUGGUGACUUCACCAAGGGAGACGGCACCGGGGGAGAGUCGAUCUAUGGGCCGAAGUUCGACGACGAAAACUUCAAGCGGAAGCACACGAAGUGGUGCUUGUCGAUGGCGAACUCCGGGCCGAACACGAACGGCUCGCAGUUCUUCAUUUGCACCGAUGCACCGUCGCAUCUGGACGGCAAGCACGUCGUUUUCGGCGAGGUGGUCUCUGGCUUUGACGUCGUGCAGCAGAUGGAGUCCUGCGGCUCCAGAUCCGGCCGCGUGGCGAAGAAGGUCGCCAUCAAGAACUGCGGGAUGGUGGACGCCGAGGCGAGCCAGGCGUCGAAGCGGCAGAGGCUGAUCGACGUGGCGCCAGCCCCCCGCCUCGUGAGCGAGGUGCCCGUCGACGCUCCAGUGCAGGGCGGCCUUCUGGGGCUGCUGGCGCAGGCCGACGCCGGCGCCCAAGCGGGCGGCGCCGCGGCGGGGCCCGCCCGGCCCGAGCCACCAGGGCCGGGCGCGGGCGAGGCCGAAGAGGCACACAUCAUGCACAUUCUGCGCAAGCAUGCUGGCUGCCUGAAGCCGAAGACCAGGGGAGGGGCCGUAAUCACCGAGAGCGUCCAGGACGCCGCGGAGUACCUGGAGGAGAUUGCGAACCAGCUCGUUGGCCUGGGGCCCGACGAGCUGCGGAAGCAGUUUGCAGAACUGGCGCGGACGGAGUCGCACUGCGCCUCGGGUCCGAAGAAGGGCGGCGACGUGGGGCGCUUCCGCAGGGGCCAGCGUCAGCCGGCCUUCGAGGAGGCAGCCUUCGCGCUGGCCAUAGGCGAGGUGUCGGACAUAGUGCAGACAGACUCUGGGGUGCACCUUCUUCUCCGGAUACCCUGAGGAGAGGCGCAA